ACAAUUUUGCCCUAGAUUCGUUUGACCCGCCAGUCCGGCAGCCGGCACUGCUAGGAAAACGUUCCUUUGUGGCGGCGACACCGACAAGCCAAUCCGACGACGACGAUAACGCCUCACAGUCGGCAGCGAAACGCGUACGCUGUAGCGAAGAGCUCUCCCCAAAUCUACAGAACGGUUCCGAGACAAUACCCGAUGGCCAUCAUGCCAUAGUGCCGCGCAAGCGUGAGCUUCUGCCGCCAAACGCAGCGGAACUACAUCCACGCCAAUUGUUGAAACAGAUGAUUCCGUCAAUCACCUGUACGCUAGUAAGCUACACAGUGGACAAUGGUACUCCUACGUUCCGAUAUAACAUUGCCGCGGAAGGUAAAAUAUUCACAGGAGCAGGUCCAAACAAGAGAACGGCUCGUUUUGCUGCAGCCGCCCGGGCAUGCGAGGGGCUGUUCGAAAUGCGGUAUGAUGAUGGUCCAGAGGUUAACGGACAGCUUUCUACAGCAUAACCGAAUUCGAUUGCUUAGAAUAUGACCAACGGUUCCAACGUAUCUCCUUAUUGUGAGAUACGGCGGGGCCAGAAAAGGCCACAUAGGAUAAGUUGAAUUCUACGACUACUGGUAAGCACGGUUUUAUAAGACUGCUUACAGGAACUCUUUCGUUUAUUAUCUUUUUAUAUUACAUAUUAAAAAAUUACGGAUUCAAAAAACAAUAGACGACAAAUACAAUACAACUGGAGUAUUAAAUUUUUUGAGUGUGACUGAUGCUUUGAUCAGUCUGGUCAGCUUCCCAUCAUAGCCGUUUUUGUUCAUGAUUUUUCAUAGCUCUGUGCGGUCGAUACUGUCGUAUGCCCGUCCCGGGAUUCUAAAUACUCCUUUAGUAGGUACUUCUUCAAUAGGUAGGGUAGCGAACCACUUGGGCAGCGGCUGGUAUUUUGGGCACUCUUCGCUAUAACUCAGUCAAUUCCAAACCAAUUGACUUAAAAUUUUGUACGCGUUCCAAAAAUUGUGUCAAUUGGUUCAGAAUUGGCUGAGUUAUAGCAGAAAAGUGCCCCUGCCGAGAUGGUUCCUCUUCCCACUCCCAGAUUUCUUGCAGGGAUUUUUUCACGAGUUUUCCUCAAAAUCUUUCCUGAGAUAACUUACAAAAUUCUUUAUAAUAAAUUCCCAGAGAAUUAUUCCAAGGAAGCCAAUUGAAAUUUUGCAAGAGUCCUAUUGAAGUAAUCUCGACAGAAACUUCAAAAAAAAAAAAGAUCUAGGAUAGCUAAGAGUAAUCCCGGAGUAAAUAUUAGGAACACCCAAGGAGUAACUCUGGAAUGUCAUGGAGUCCUGGGAGCGAAAUUCCGUGAGUAAAUUCAAGAGAAAUAUCGGAAAACAAUCGGUAAAAUCCCGAGAUAAACUGUUGAAAGCUAUCCCGGAAACCACUAUGCGAUAUUCGUGAAGGAGCUUUAAGUAGUUUUGAAUGGAUCUUCAGGAGGCAUCUAGCGAGAAACUCCAUAAGCAUAUUGGAAACCCUCUGGAAGAAAUAUCGAGAGGUACUCCAACAGAUAUCUCAUGAAAAACUUUUGCGGAAUUCCAGGAAGGAACUUUGAUAGAAAUCCUAGAAACACUUCUCAGAAAUAUUAAACGAUGUUUACUCAAUUUUUGGAAGUGUCUACCGCCCGCUAGCCCGAAAACAUUUGACGACGUCUUCCGAAACCCAUCGACCGCCGGACCGUGAGAAGCACUCCAGUGUCGGACGACACGCAGUGUCCACAUAGGCCGUUAUUCUACUGCCGGCCGCGCCACUCCUAGGGCGAUUGUUGGCCAUCUCACCAAACUCCUGGGUCUACUCCAGACGAAGACAGAUCGUGCCCCACCUGGAUCAAGGGGAGGCUAUUCCGCCAAACCGCUAUGGCCUACCGGCCCCGUCGCUUUUUGGUCUUCCGUUGGACAUUCCGCCAAAGUGCCGGAUCGACUCCGGACCAUGAUCGAUUUUCCCCGAAGGUUUCCGCUUCAUCUGCCGUUCUCCGGCCACCUUCGUGGAACCUAAGGACGACCCUACUCGUGUCGGCUCGCUAGACAGUCUGGGACACAGUAGAACGGCGCACCUCUGUAAAUCCUAGACCAUUACCUAACCAAAAUCCCAACUUGUUUCUAUUUACGAAGGCGUCGGUGAGUCGCUGACCUCUCGUUAAAUAGAUAUCGUCCCUUCCCUACUAUCCCUUCCCAUCCUAGUGACGAAGAUUACGCAACAGGUAGGAUAAUUACGGUAGGCAAAAUUGUGUUUAUCUUCGUUUCAGAGAGCGAGCAAUGGCGCUUAAGCCUAGGCUUGUUAACCAGGACAUAGUGAAAAUGCCUGUGCCCCAUCCCGGAAGAAAAAAGACCCAUGGAGUGACAAAAUCUUUUAGCUACGUCACUCCCAACGUUGGUGUUAUACUAAAACACUUACACUCACACCAUCACAUCUACAUGAUCUACUCAAAUACAUCACUCGCUUAUAGUGAA